CCGAGGCAAAGUAAAGCGAUGAUUUUACCACUCUGCACUACGGCAUGGUUCAUCCUGUUGGUGUAUUUCGGCGGACGCGUCGUCGCGGAGGAUGACCCCACAUUCAAGAAUACCGUAUACCUGAUUCGCAACGCGGAGACGAAUACAAAAAAAGCCGGCUCAGGGCUCAACGAGACAGGCAUCCUAAGAUCUGAAUGCUUGCCCACCGUAUUUGGGCCCGGUACAAACCGCACGGUCGGGUAUAUUAUUGCUGAGCCUCCGAAGAAGAAAGAGAACGAUUCGGAGUCUGUCGAUACGGUGGCGCCUCUUGCGGCGAGCCUCGGCAUACCCAUCGACACUAGCUGUGGCAGGGACGACAAAGAUUGUGUCGGUGACGCUCUCUCUGCUUUCGCGAAGAAGAAUCCCACAAUCAAUAUGCUGGUCGUCUGGGGAAUUGGCGUUCUGCCCGACAUCGCUGAGGACCUAGGCGUGAACGAUGUUCCUAAUUGGCCGGAAAAAAGGUUCGACGUGAUUUGGACGAUACAGAAAAAUUUGUUGCGGAAUAAGACCAGCGAAGCAUGUCCGGGCAUAGACGACUAAGCACUUCAUGAUAUUCCUCGCUAUAUACCAUUGCAUACCCAAGCAGGAUACCGCCAAAAUACUUUUACCUCUCAGCUUCCAUAAUAGGCAUUGUAUCUUGGAAGCUUGGAACGUUUCCGAGUACUAUAAAGCAGCUAUAGGACACUAUCAAGAUCAUCACUG